AUGUCCUUCCAAAUCCAAACAGUCCCAACGAAACCAUACCAGGAUCAAAAGCCUGGUACCUCAGGUUUGCGUAAGAAGACCAAGAUCUUCAAGGACACCCCUAAUUACACUGAAAAUUUCAUCCAAGCUAUCAUGGAUGCUAUCCCAGAAGGCUCUAAGGGUGCCACUUUGGUGGUUGGCGGUGAUGGUCGUUACUAUAACGAUGUCAUUCUGCAUAAGAUUGCCGCCAUUGGUGCUGCUAAUGGUGUCAAGAAGUUGGUUAUUGGUCAAAGAGGGUUAUUAUCCACCCCUGCUGCUUCUCAUAUUAUGAGAACAUACGAGGAAAAGACUCAAGGUGGUAUUAUAUUGACCGCCUCUCAUAAUCCAGGUGGUAUUAAAAACGAUAUGGGUAUCAAGUUUAAUUUAUCCAAUGGUGGUCCAGCUCCAGAACCUGUCACUAACAAAAUUUGGGAAAUCUCCAAGAAGAUGACUUCCUUUAAGAUUAUUAAGGACUUCCCAGAAUUGGAAUUAGAAACUUUGGGUAAGAACAAAAAAUACGGUCCUUUACUCGUGGAUGUCAUUGAUACCACUAAGGCUUACGUCGAAUUCGUGAAGCAAAUCUUCGAUUUUGAUCUAAUUAAGAAAUUCGUUCAUAAGCAACGUGAUACUAAACACUGGAAAUUGUUGUUUGAUGGUAUGAAUGGUGUCACAGGUCCAUACGGUAAGGCCAUUUUCGUCGAUGAAUUAGGUUUGCCAGCUGAUGAAGUCUUACAACAAUGGCAUCCAUCUCCAGAUUUCGGUGGUGUUCAUCCAGAUCCAAAUUUGACAUACGCUAAGGCUUUAGUAGAUAGAGUGGAUCGUGAAAAUAUUGAAUUUGGUGCCGCCUCAGAUGGUGAUGGUGACAGAAAUAUGAUUUAUGGUGCUGGUCCAGCAUUCGUGUCGCCUGGUGAUUCAGUCGCUAUCAUUGCUGAAUACGCUGCUGAAAUCCCAUAUUUUGCUAAGCAAGGUAUUUACGGGUUAGCUCGUUCAUUCCCAACUUCAAGUGCCAUUGAUCGUGUCGCUAAGGCUCACGGUUUGAAUUGUUAUGAAGUGCCAACAGGUUGGAAGUUCUUCUGUGCCUUAUUCGACGCUAAGAAAUUGUCUAUCUGUGGUGAAGAAUCGUUCGGUACUGGUUCCAACCAUGUCAGAGAAAAGGAUGGUAUUUGGGCCAUUCUUGCCUGGUUAAACCUUCUUGCCAUUUACAACAAACAUCACCCAGACAGAGAUGUCUCUAUUAAGAUUAUUCAAGAUGAAUUCUGGAAUAAAUAUGGUCGUACAUUCUUUACUCGUUAUGAUUACGAAAAAGUCGCCACUGAAGAUGCCGCUAAGGUUAUUGACAAUUUGAGAAAACAUGUUGAAAGUAAGACUUUUGUAAACCAUAAGUUCCCAACUGAUGAAUCUUUGACCGUUGUGGAAGCAGGUGAUUUCUCAUACACUGAUCUUGAUGGUUCUGUCUCUGCUCAUCAAGGUUUGUUUUUCAAGUUGUCCAACGGUGCUAGAGUUGUCGUGAGAUUAUCUGGUACUGGGUCUUCAGGUGCCACAAUUAGAUUGUACGUGGAGAAAUACACUGAUGACAAGAGUGUAUACGGUCAAAAUGCUCAAGUUUAUUUGAAGCCUGUCAUCCAAUCUGUUGUUAAGUUUUUGAACUUCAAGGAAUUCAUUGGAACUGAAGAACCAACUGUCCGUACUUGA